AUGUCUUACAUAGUAAUAGCCACGUUUUCUUCAAAUUCGCGAUGUUCCGCAACAAAAGAAGAUAUGCGCCGUUUUGCGACGGCUGAUCUCUUACUAAAACCGAUGGCUUCUACAUUUUCUGUUCACCCAUCAACGAUACAGCAUUCACAAUCCGAUGACGAUUUUCAUCGUUUUACAAACGAUGAUACUAUUUGUAUGGAAUAUUUAAAAGAAGUACGGCGAAUAAACACACGUCAUAAAAUAUUUUCACCUUACCUUCAGAAAUUACCUCAUUCUAAUUUCCUUCAACACAACCUUCCACCUCCACAAUCUUCGAUAACGACUUCAUCACGCCGUCACACGGAUAGACGACGUUCAAAUUCGACAAGUCGACACCAUAAACGUUCAUCAUCUGCUCAAAGAUCCAAAGAAAUGAAUCAUGCCUAUCAUCCAUCAUCAAAUGUGGUAGAUGGACUUGAUUUAAGCUGUUUUUUUGGAAACGAUAAUGAACAUCAUCAGCAUCAUACACUACAAAAGAAAUCACGACCAGUUAGUGCACCAACAAGAACAGUUGCUUCGCAGAAGAAAAAGCAACGUCGUUCAAUUGGUUCUCGUUCUCAAAAAGACAAUUUUAUUGUUAUACUCUAUCGAAACGGUGAUCGAGAUAAAUGUGUAUAUUGCAGAUCAACAACUAUAGAUGCUAUUUUAUUAUAUGCGACGGAAAAAUUACAGAUGCCAUUAGCGGCAAGACGUUUAUUUGAUGAAAACGGUCGUGAAGCGUAUCGCAGUGAAGAUAUACGAUCACAAUCGGAAUAUUACGUGUCAAGUGGUGAAAAUUUUAAAAAUCCAUUUGAUCCAAUCAAAGUACAAACAGAAUAUGGUUUAAAUUCUGUCUGGACAAUGCAAGGAAUCAAAACAUUAGCUAUUAAACCAAAAACAUUUACCACUACAACAAAAAUAUCAAAACGUUUAGAAAAACAAAUAAAAUUGAAUGUAAAUUUAAUGAUAUUUGAAAAUGGAUUUGGUACUAAUGAUACGAUGUAUCAAAUGUUAAUUGAUACAGUUCUAAAAGAAAAUUUUGAAAAAUUUCUCGAAGAUUGUACAAUAAAAAUUGAAUUAAAUGCACAUGCUAAAAAAGCUUAUAAUUAUCGGGGUGAUGAAAUUAAAUCAUUAAAGAUAUUUGUAGAAUCAGACGAUAAUUUUAUUAAAACCGUUCAUGGUUCAAAGAUUCAAGAUAUAUUAGGUCCAAUAUGGAUUAGUAAAGGCGAACGAUUUCGUCCAAAAGGUGCAUAUAAAUUUUUAGCAUUACGUUUGGAAGAAGGAAAACGCCGUUUAAAAAAAGAAAAAACAAAACAAGAAGAAGUACAUCUCAUUCAAAAAUAUAAGAAACAAAAGAAAUCCAAUCAAUCGAUGAUAAUGGAAGAUCUGGAUGAUACGACAACAAACGGAAUGAAAAUUGAAAUAUUCAACAAUGACUCAUUUGAUAAGAAAAAUAUCAAAGAUAAAAAAUUAUUAUCAAUGACAAUUGAUGAAUUAAACGAAUUAGAUCAAACGAUGAAUAAGAGUGUAGAAGAACUUCAAGAUAUGAUUGAAAAUUAUAAAUUAAAAAUGGCUGAAAUUGAAUUAGAGAAAGAUGAAGAAGAACGUAUGGGUGCAAAUUUUGCUACUGAACAUAUCAAAGAAAUAAAAUCAGAAAAUAAAAUUGUUGGACGACAUCCAAUUUGUUUACAUAUUCAUGAAAAUGGAAAUUAUAAUAAAAAUGAUCCAAAAAUAUAUUUAAAUAUUAAAAAUUUACCAUCAAAAAAUGCGGGACAAACAAGUAUUGAAUAUUUAUUAGAUUAUUUACAACAAGAAGUUGAUAUUUAUAGUCGUCAACGACCAAAACGUGUUUUCGAUAUAAAUGGAAUAGAAUUUAAAUUAUUGAAUAAAUUAAAACAGAAUCAAGAUUUAUUUAUCUCUUAUGGAGAAGAUUAUAAACCCGCAUUUAAACCGUGUAUGAGUAUUACACUAGUCAAUGUUGAAGUCUAUGAAAAAGAUGGCCAAUUGGCUCUUAUAAAAUCUAUGUCAGAAGAUUUUUUAAAAGUAAAAAAAGAUACAAAUGUUAGACAAAUCAUAGCAUCCUGGAAACCUUUACAACGGAUUUCAAAUGAUAUUGAACGAAAAUUUUACAAUAAGUUUAACGAUGAACAGAAAACAAAUUAUGAUAAAAUACCUUUAGAUGAUCAUAUCAGUCCAAAUGUUACGCUACUUGGUCAAACAGUGAUCAAUACUGAAACAAAUAAACAUUCAACAAAAUUGAUUUAUCCUGAUUUAAAAAUAGAAGAAAAAUUUCAAUUGAAACCAGAAAAAUCCGAACUAUUUCCAAAAACAGAACUACAAUUAUGGCGUUAUAGUAAGGAUGGUUAUAUUUUCAAUAAAAUUUUAUCUCGAUUGACGUUGACUGUUGUCGAUCAACCGAUUCGUUUAAGUCAAAAAUCAUCAGCAUUAAACAGAGAAUAUGUAGAAUUAGUUGGAUAUGGCGUUUGUUUACAGCCAAAAACAGACGAUAAACAAUUGAAACAAUUGUGGACAUUUACUGCUGAUGGUUAUAUUGUUUCUCAAGCUUAUCCCAAUUAUGCUCUAACAAAUCUUUCAACAAUUGUACCCACAGAUAAUAAAACAAUGCAAGCAAAUGGUAUACGAAUGGAAGAGAAUGAUCCAUCAAUUUAUUAUAUUGGUAUAUGUCCGAAAUGUAACAAAAAAUCACCAUUUAUUCAUGCACAAAGAUGGGGUAUUCGUCAACAGUCUGGUUUUACUAUUGGUGAUUGGAAAUAUUCUAAAGUCGAAAAUCCUGCAUGGCAUAAGAUGGCUUUAACGUGGCCUGUCGAUGGAUCAGGAACAUUAAUUCCAGAACUACAAUGGCCCAUUGAAGGUUAUUUCAUUCCGGGUGUACCACCAGUUAAAUCCAUAAAAUUGACACCAACAACGCCUGCAUUUGUACCAAUUCGUCUUCAAGUAUUAAAAAAUGGUGAACGAGAUUUGGGUAAAGCAGUCGCUGUAGUAGGACCAGAUAUGUCAAAUAUGUUAACUGAAAAUAAAACGUCACCAACCAUUUAUCGUCGAUUACGAAUACCAAAACCGGAAAAAGAACAGCGAGCAAAUAGACAACUUAGACGAAUGGCCGAUGCAAGACAACGAGAAAUUAAAUUGUUUUUAGAAGAUUGUACAAAUUUAUUGAAUUUACCAUUUGCUGGUCGACGUCUAUUUGACAAAGAUGGCUAUGAAUUAUUUGAUUUGACAUCAAUUCAACGAGAUUCACAUGUAUAUGUGACAUGUGGAGAAGCUUGGAUAGAUCCAGAGUUAACAAAAGCAGAACAACAACGACGUCUGCUAUUAGCCUAUUUGAAAAAUGAUGUGAAUAUGAUUGAUUUUUAUUGUUCAUUACGAAAUCCUGUUGAAUACUGUAUUGAAACAAAAAAUGGUUUAUGUGAAAAUUCUCAACUAAUUGUUAAUAUAUGUGCAUUAAAUUCAAUACAACGAGAAAGAGUGAAACAAGGUGAAACAAUUGAACAAGUUAUUGAAUAUGAAGUCCCGGUUGUCGAAGCAGCGCCUGAACCAGAAGCAAGAACAGCUCAUGAACGAGCUCACAUAGCUGUGGAUAAGAAAUUAAAAGAAAAAUUUCGUUGGCCAUGGGAGAAAAUUGCAAAUCGUAGUUUAACAUCAGAUACCGAUGAUGAUGGAUCAGCAAAUGAAACGAUAAAUAACUCGUUAACACGAGACAAAUCACCACCAACGAAACCUAUUCUAAACAAGUCAACCAGAAAUUUGCCAAAAACCGUUCGUAUAUCGAUGCAAAGCUUUAAAUGGGAAGAAUCCGGUGGUUAUAUAUCGUGUAGUGAUGAUCCAAAUUUAGUGUUUGGUGUCAAGGAAAUCGAAGCAAAAAUUGUUGAAGUUGUUUUGAGACGACGAAAUCCCGACGAUAUAUUUCAAAGAUGGUUGAUUAAAUCAACGAUUGCCGAUAAUGACAAUGAUAAUCUACAACCAGAUGAUAAAAGUAAAAUUAUAAUCGUCUCAAAAGCUCGUCCUACAAUGGCUUUAACAAUCUUGUUGCCAUCGUGUACCGGCUCAGAAUCAAAUGAAAAUUCUGUAUCAUGUGUCGGUUGUUCCGUUUCACUUCAAGUUCGAAGAACUGAAGAAAAUGGAUGCGCAAAUCAAAAAUGGACGUAUGAUAAGAAACUUGGUUUCUUGUUUGCCUUUUCUGCAUCGACAAUGGACAAAGAAAUUACUGCUGCCAAUCGUGCAAAUAUUUGUUCUUAUACAGUUGUUAAGGAUAAUGUAUCACAACCGGGUUAUAUGGUUUCCAUAAUAAAUAGUCAAGAUCAAACAGAAAAUGUUGCUGUUUGUUUGGCAUGCGCAAAAUCGAUGCGUGGAAAAUAUCGACUAAUUAAAAUGAAAACAGAUAUAGAAUUUUCAUGUGCCAUUGGACAAAGACAAGAUUUAAAAUUCAAUGGUUCAUUUCAUUGUCUUAAUCAUAAAGUUGAUUUAUCUGAAAACGUAGCUGAAAAUACGCUUUCAAUUUGGAAAGAAAAAUAUGACAAAUUGAAAGAAGAAGCAAGUGUUCGAGCUAUAGCUAAAGAAAUAGCUGCUGCUAAAUCAAUUCAAACUGUUCAUUUACUUGCCUAUCGAAAUGGUGAUGGACAUACAAAAAUUGGACAAAUACUCGUUGGAUCAAGUAUCAUUGGAUUAUUGGAUCAAGCAACGCAACGUUUAAAUUUGACAAAUGCAGCUCGACGUUUUUAUACAGUUGAUGGAAAUGUUAUGUUAACAAUCGAAGAUCUGUUACAAUGGACAUCAGAAUAUUAUAAGAAAAAAUAUAAUAAAUGGUUAAAACCAGAAAAAUAUAAUGAAACUCGAAAAGUUCACACUGAUACUGUAUCUGAAAAGACUACUUUAUCGUCUACAGUGGAAACAUCGACACUUGCUGCAAAACAACGUCAUCAAAAUUUACCAAAACCAUCAGAUAUAAAAAAUGCAGUGAAAAAAAAUGUAUCUGGAACAAUAGAAAUAGAUAUGAAUCAACUUUUGAAAUUUCCCAUUGAAAUAUGGGUCUCAUCAGGAGAAUCCUUUGUUAAUCCAAAAGACGUUGAUCAACGUCAAAACCAGCGUAUAUUACAACGUGAACAACGUACAACAGUUGAGCAUGAAUUAGAAAAAGAAAAACAUUCACUACGCUUAAUGCAAGGACGUCGAAUUUCUGCUCAACAACCGGGUGAAUUCAUAUCUCAACAAAAUCCACAGGAACCUGUAAUUAAACAAGGACAUUGGACCGAACAACCUGAUAUUGAGUUGGAUAAAAUUGAAGAUGUUGAACAAUUAAGGACUUCACUGGAUGAAAUUCGUAUGUCUCAACAACCGGAAAAUACCCGACUAAUAUUAACAGCGGCCACCGAUCGACUUGUUCAACAUCCGAAAACAAAACGUGUAUUGGUGUAUACAAAUCUUGAUCCAGCCAAUGCGGUUCAGUGUUUUGGCAGUAGUCUUGAAGAAAUAAUGGAAAAUUCCAAGUUAAAAUUACAUGUUAUGCAACCAAUCCAAGCAUUAUUCGAUGAAAAUGGACAAUUAGUAAGCGAUAUAAUUGACUGUUUUACUACAAUUCAGACUAUUGAACGUUUUGAUCAAAUUCGUCGUGAUCAAUUAAUCUGUGUUUCGACAACAAAAACAUUUACAACCGUCACUGAACGUCAAAAAGAAGUUGAAAUCAAGGCUAAUUGGGCGCGUACACGUAAAAAUUAUGGAGAUGCUGCUACUGAUAUUCGUGUUAACUCCUCGCUAUCAUUUCCCUCUGUUGAUCCAUUUGGACCUCCGUUACUUACCAUUGAUGAUCAACAACAACUUCGACCACUGCAUACUGUUCAAACUACGACCAAAAAUUCGGCCUUAGCAAUUGAGCAACCACCACGAUUAUUAAGACCCACGACGGCCAAAUCAAGAGUCACUAGAACAAUAAUUGAACAGCCACAAUCAGAAGAUCAAUAUCCCAUUGCAACUUCAGAAAAAUCUUUUCUAACCGAAACAGAUAUGUUUAAUUUGCAAUCACCAGAAUCAACGAAUAAGCAACACCAACAUAUAACAAUAACAUAUUGCAAACAACAAGAUUCAGAUUCAGUACAUCCAACAUUAACUGCCAAUAAUUUCUUUUGUCCAACAACAACCAUAAAUGGUUUUGCCAAAGAUUCAAUUAAUGUUAGUGAUGAUGAUGAUGAUUUGAAUAUGGAAAAUGAUGAUAACGAUGAUGAGACUGACAGUGAGAUACAACGUAUAACAACUAAAUCCAGAUUAAAUAAUGAUUUAUUAUUUGAUGAUGAACGUUCAUGCGAAAGUAAUCGAUUUUCACGUCCCAUAUCAUCCAAACAACCUCUUACAACAGUAACAAAUAGAAAAUCCAAUAGUCCAUUAUUUGGACUGUUUGGUGAUGACAAAAAGUCAGAUAAUAAUAAAAAAGAAAAGGAUAACGAUGAUGAUGAUGAUGAUUUUAUGGCACUUUUGAAUAAAAAAUAG